AUGGCUCCUCUGCCUAUUUCUUCGAUUAGUGUUGGGAAAAUAGAUGAUGUUCAAGAACUGAUUAAAUCCAAACCAAACAAAGUUCCAGAGAGAUUCAUUAGAGAAGCCAAUGAGAGAGGAGUCCCAGUGUCACUUAAGAGUCACCUUCAUCAUCAUAUUCCUGUUAUUGAUCUCUCUAAACUCUCUAAACCUCACACUCAUGAUGAUUUUCUCUUUGAGAUUCUUAAGCUCUCACAAGCUUGUGAAGAUUGGGGAUUUUUUCAGGUUAUAAAUCAUGAGAUCGAAGUGGAGGUUGUGGAAGAUAUAGAGGAAGUGGCGAAGGAGUUCUUCGAGAUGCCAUUGGAGGAGAAGAAGAAGUAUCCAAUGGCGCCAGGGACCGUACAAGGUUAUGGUCAAGCUUUCAUCUUCUCUGAAGAUCAGAAGCUUGAUUGGUGCAACAUGUUUGCCCUUGGUGUUCAUCCUCCUUCUAUUCGCAACCCCAAACUAUGGCCUUCUAAACCGGCCCGGUUCAGUGAAAGUCUUGAAGGUUAUUCAAAAGAGAUAAGGAAACUAUGCAAAAGGUUGUUGACGUACAUAGCAAUAAGCUUGGGUCUAAAAGAAGAGAAAUUUGAGGAAAUGUUUGGGGAGGCAGUGCAAGCAGUGAGGAUGAACUAUUACCCUCCAUGUUCAAGUCCUGAUCUUGUCUUGGGACUUAGCCCACAUUCUGAUGGAAGUGCUCUCACUGUUCUCCAACAGAGCAAGAACAGUUGUGUUGGCCUUCAGAUCCUCAAAGACAACACUUGGGUCCCUGUUCUACCUCUUCCCAGUGCCCUUGUCAUCAAUAUUGGUGAUACCAUCGAGGUGCUAACUAAUGGGAAGUACAAAAGUGUGGAGCAUAGGGCAGUGACAAACAGGGAAAAGGAGAGGCUUACAAUAGUAACAUUCUAUGCACCAAACUAUGAGGUGGAAAUAGAACCACUGGGUGAGUUGGUUGAUGAUGAAACCAAUCCAUGCAAGUAUAGAAGCUACAAUCAUGGUGACUAUAGUUAUCAUUAUGUCUCCAACAAGCUCCAAGGCAAGAAGUCCCUUGAUUUUGCCAAGAUUCUCAAUUAA